GCUCCCGGUAAAAGCAGCCAGCAGCAGCGGGUCGGUCCUCUCUGCUGCUUUCAACAAAAAAGAAAUAAAAUAAUGCAAUAAAAAAGGAGAAAAGAAUCUGAACUGGGAUUUUACCGCCUCUGUUUUUAAUUUAAUUCAGUCCGGACCGGGGAACAUGUCCGCGCUUGCAAAACCAUUAGAGGACUGUGUGCGCAAUCUCUGCCAAGUUUCUCGUCACUGAAAGACAUUUUUGCUUCAUCCUGUGAGUCUCAACAGAGAAACGGAAAAUAAUAAAAAUAUAUAAUAAAAAAAAUUCUGCUGUCCAAGGGAAGUUGAAGAGAAAAGUGACAACAUCGCAUCAGCACCUUCCUCUGUUUGGACUCCAUCCUAAAAUAAGUUGUUCUACUUUUUUCGCGCCCCUCGUUCGUGUGCGUAAGUGGAAGAGGAUUUUUAUUUGUUUGUUGGAUAACACUCUCAGAAGUAGGGGGGAAAAAAAGAAAAGCAAGGUAAGCGAGGCAAGUUUCUUUAUUCAUUCGGAGCUGUAGGCGGCUCUUUCCGUCUCCAUCGGUUCCCUGUGUUGCUCUUUUCCCGGGGGCGAUGGGAAUCCCACAUCCACUAAUGUGAGCCUUUGAUGCGCACGGAUACAUUUUUCAUCUCUCACAACACUGAUUCUUUCCUCCUCCAAGUUUCCCAUCUCAGUCUGCUUCGUUUUUACAGAGGGACUGCAACCUCCCACCCCCACAUCGGCUACAAAUACUGGUUUUUGAUAAUGACCGUGGAUCGAUGAAAGAUGCGUAUCCAGAUGGUUGUGGAGACCCUGCGUCAAAUUACCAGCUCGGGCAACUUUUGACACUGAUCUGUCUUUUUUUUUUUUUUUUUUUUUUUUAAAGUCUAGCUGUGGAGAGGUGUUUUGCCUGCUUGUAGCCGUACAUGACGGAAACGAUGGCGCUGAGUGGAAACUGUAGGACUAACCCCAAAGAGCAGGCGUCCGUCCAGAACAGUUUCCCAGAUGUGGUUGAAUUAAACGUAGGGGGGCAGGUUUAUUACACGCGUCACUCAACUUUGGUGAGCACCCCGAAUUCACUGCUUGGCAAGAUAUUCUCCUCCAAAAAAGACGCAUCCAAUGACUUGGCGAGAGACCCCAAAGGUCGCUAUUUCAUCGACAGAGACGGGUUUUUAUUCCGGUAUGUGUUGGACUACCUCCGAGACAAACAAGUUGUCCUCCCAGACCACUUCCCCGAGAAAGGGAGGCUCAGGAAAGAGGCGGAAUACUUCCAGCUGCCCGACUUAGUGAAGCUCCUGACCCCUGAGGACAUCAAGCACAGCCCGGACGACUACUUCCACAGCGACUAUGAAGAUGGGUCCCAGGGCAGCGACCACCGGCAGUGCCCGCCCCCAUCCCUCGUCCCCGCGGAUAGAAAGAGCGGCUUCAUCACCGUGGGGUACCGGGGGUCGUGCACUAUGGGCCGAGAGAGUCAGACUGACGCCAAGUUCAGGAGGGUACCUCGGAUACUAAUUUGCGGCAGGGUGGCCCUCGCUAAAGAAGUGUUCGGGGAGACUCUGAAUGAGAGCCGGGACCCGGACAGGACCCCGGAACGGUACACCUCCAGGUUUUACCUCAAGUUCAAGCACCUGGAGAGGGCUUUUGACAUGCUGUCGGAGUGUGGUUUCCAAAUGGUGGCCUGCAACUCGUCAGUCACUGCGUCGUUUGUCAACCAGAACACGGAGGACAAGAUCUGGUCCAGCUACACAGAAUACGUUUUCUACCGUGGUCCAUCCCGUUGGUCCUCCCCUCCGUGCGACUGCUGCUGCAAGAACCACAAAGGUGACGGCGAGGGCGAGAGCGGCACCUCCUUCAACGAGCUCUCCACCUCCAGCUCCGAGAGCCAAUCCGAGGCCAGCUCCCCGCAGGAGACGGUCAUCUGUGGGCCGGUCAGCCGCCAGUCGCACCCCCACGCCAACGUCCAAACCUUGGACAGGCCGCUGAAAAAGGGCCCCGUGGUCAUGGUCCAGCAGUCGGAGCAGCGGAGGAAGAGCGACUUGCUGCGCACUCUCACGGCCAGCUCCCGCGACACCAGCACCUGCAAGAAAAGGCCCGCGAAAGAAAAGCUAACGGUGGAGGAGGAGCUGGAAAAGUGCAUUCAAGACUUCCACAAGAUCAAGAUCCCGGAGAGGUUCCCCGAGAGGAAGUACAUGUGGCAGGCCGACUUGCUGAGAAAGUACCGCCUCUGAGUCGGGAGUCGAGGCAGAGGACGCAAGCACACGAGGCCAAGGAUCAGUUUACGUGUUGUUGUAUUUUUUUUUUUUUUUGGCUUGUGACAUAUUCAAAUCAAGCUUCUGAGAGACACCUCGCCUUUAUGCCAAUGGGCUGAACAUCUGCACAGGAGCUAGAAAGAAUCCUGAUAAACAGAUCCUUAUUGACGUAUGUAUGUGUGUGUGUGUGUGUGUAGUUUAGGCCUACUGUACUCACUGUAGGCAUGUGCUGUAACUUGCCGAAUGCUUCAGAGCUUUGAGUAAUUUAUCCCAGAGGACCAAAACAAGCGGGCUACAGAUGCCGCCUACGAACCGAACCACCGACGGAAGGUGGCUGCGUUUGGGAUAACCGAUGGACGGCGCUUACUUUUUAUUCCAGUUUCAUUGAAAACUCGUCACACGAACCACAGUUUUAGUCCCAAAAACAAACAUUAAUGAAUGUGUGUGUAUAUAUCCAUGUAUUUCCUCAGGUGGCCUGGAGGUCACAGCUAAAUCUGCAUCCGGAUCCAUUAAUAAUUCAUGCCAUUCCGACAGCGCUCUCGCUAUAAAUACACCCACAGAUCCGUGGCACAAACAGCUGGGUUGAUUACUUCACUUUUAGGCAACAUUUUUGGGACUUCUGAGGCAGGAGGCACGACCGUUUCAUCUGCAUCUCAUUUCCUUCCUCAAAUUUCCAAGUGAGAUUUUUUUGCCACCAACUCUCGACCAUAUGUGGAGCGAUAGUCCGGUUACUACGCGAGGGAUGAGUGAAAGAGUCGGGGCAUUGGAUUUGAAGUUCAAUAAAAAAAUUAAACACGUAUGCAUGCACCUUUCCAGAGACAUUCCCCCAAACAUUCGGCCCCAUCACACAGACACAGAGCGAUCAAUUACUCCAUGUUCAAUAUGACAAAAAAAAAAAAGCAGGAAUGAGACUGGAUUUGCUGCAUUCGCUAACCCUGUCAACACAGACGGAUGUUUCCCACACUGACUGUUGACAGGCUAAUCAAUAGUUAUUGAUGAUAGGGUCCGGUGAUAGAGCUGAUGGCGGGGAUUCUUGUUUACACUUACUGAUGAAGCUCUAGGGUUACUGACAAAGACAAGCUGCUCAUGUAUUCAGCGAAAAUGAGCAAUUAUUCACAUAUUAAUUCAUGUACAGCACUCCUGGCUUUGUCAGAGGCAUCGACUGCGAUUUGAUUACACAAACAAAGAUGGCAGACAGCUAUUUCAUAUCAGCGGACAAUUUAAUUACCCCGGUAGGUUGAUUGGUAUUUAUUUAACUCGCUUGCUGGGAAAUAUGUAACAAUCAUUUAUAAAUUAUUUCUGGCUCCAAAUGAAAUUAUCGCCCACGAAGGUGCUCGCUGAUGAUGAUGUUAGAAGACCGUUCUCUUAAGAUUCUCAUGCACAUGAUCAAGAUAAGUUAAAGGAAACAAAUUAUUAACAAAUUAUUUUAAUCAUAAUUUAAUCAAGUAAUAAGGUAAACAGAUAAAAUGAAACAAACCAGCUAUUUGUUGGUUUUACAAAACUCCCUUUUCCAAUCAACAACGAGGGAUUAUGUAGAUUUUCACUUUGCUUUAGGAAAUUCCAACACCAGUGUUAUGAAUAUCCUCCUUUUUUUUUUUUUUCUCCACAAAAGCUUCUGCUAAGUCUGCCCCAACAAUAAGGAAGUGGAUGUUUAGGAGGAGCAGCCUUAUAAAAGUGCUCGUUUCAGACUGUAUAUAUAACGUCAUACAAACUAUUUACAGUCUGUAAUAAUAAGAAUAAGAUAAAUAAGGAUUUUAUUUAUUUUUUGCCAGCCACAAAUCAUGCAAAACCAUUCUAGAGAAGGCCAUGAAUACAAAUAUAGAGCUGGAAAUUAGCACAACAGAUUCCCUUUAGUGUUUUAUUUAUUUUCUUUUUGAAAAUUAGAUCACUUGUAAAGGACGAAUUGUAAUACGAUAGCGGUAAAGGAUCGUCUAUUUUGAUCACAGCAUCAGGUAAAAGAAAUAAUUCAUGAACUGUUUGAUAGGCAUGAGGAAGUUAUAAAUGUUAAUGAUUAUAAUGACACUGGUGAAAGCUCCAAGUGACUUUCUCGGGUUGUAGAGGAAUAUUAAAACCAGAGGAGGCAGCAGAGAGCGUUUUCACUGAGAAACGUGCAGCGAUGCACGUCUUACAAUCACAGCUUUUUACUAAAAGGCAAAAUUAAAAGCACAGUCAAAUAAAAUAAUAUAUGCAUAAUAUAUAAAUAUAUAUGUAUUCAAAGAUCCAUACAGUUUAUUUAAAUAAAAUAUGCUCGAUAUGUUAAUAAAAGCGAUAAUUAAAAUGUUUUAUUAUACUUAUUUUUCUAUCUAAAAGCAUUUCAUUUCAUAUAUUAUCAGAAGCCCUUAUGUUCAUUCUAAUGUAUUCCCUGUGAGAGAAGUUCAUAGGCAGUAAAAGAUGUUCUAUCAGUUCUAUUCAGUGGUGCCCAUGUGUCUGCUAUGGUUCACAGCAGCAGACGGUGAAAUGGUUGUAAUAGGUGCUAGAUACAAACCGACCAUUCUCCUCAUGUCAAUACCAUGAAUAUGACUUAUUUUUCUAUGUUACUGGGACAUUACAUUUUCAUUUAAAGUCUUUAAUCUUAUCGGUUGAAAUGCAUUAAUACAGAUGACACAUCAAAUGUAAAUAAACACCAUAAAUCACACCUAACCAGGAUAAUGUAUUAUACUCUUUGUAUAUAACAUGCAAAUCCAUGACGCGUUGCUGCUACUCUGUUGUUAGUGGUGCAGUAGAGUGACGCUAAUGUAAUGCAGCCAUUCUUGUUUUAUCAUUUAGCACUGGGCCAUCGGGGAUGAAUGAGACUAACACUAACACACACCUGCAACAUAUUACAUAUUUACAGUUAUGACAAUGGACUUGUUAAAUGGACUGUCAGCACAUCUGUCUCAAAGUCCUGCAAAAAGAUUUGAAAAAAUACAAAUUGCUUGACUGUAAUUGUGGAGCUUUAGUUACCAUUCAGUGCAGUGUUAGGUUAAGGGUUAUAAGGGUUUCCUUCACAUUUCGACUGAGUCAAUUGACAGUCCGUACUGAUCCUUUAACCUCCAGCAGUCAGAGGGCAGCUGGUAGACUAGAAAAAUCCAAAUUAGGCCGUUUUCUGACAUGAGUCGUGGAAUAUGUUGACAUAUUAACUUGCUUGUUAACUUUAACUGGACGGGAGACUGAGAAAGAAAGAGGAGUUGGAUAUCAACAAAGUUUUUGAAUGAGUGCAAAUAUUGCAAACUGUUUCAGAAGUUGUAAAGAUUUUUUUUUUUUUGCAUGUUCAAAAAUGGGCGACUAUGGAAAAACAUUUGACACAAAGACGCAAAAAACAACAACACACAGCUCUGUUAAUGGGAGCGUGCACAGCUGCAUGCAACCUUGAUUAAUGGAUCGUCAUUAACGAUGUAAACCACGUAGUUUGAAUGUCAGAAUAAGGUCAGAUAGUCGCUGAGGAGUUAUUUGACCUAACGUGAAUGUUUUUGAUUGAUCAAAUACAUUAUUGUCCUCAUUCCAGCUGAUGAUGACUACUGCAGUAAAGGUCUAGCAAUGCAGCAACAUUAAUUGCAACCAAAUAUUUAAAUUUCCAUGAAACUCUUCUGACACCCAGUACAUCUCAGCUGGAUGCAAACACCCUCAUGAUCACGGUCUGUGGCAUGAACUGUAUAUAAAUAUGGACACCACAUCUCCACUUCCUGUCAUCGGUCAAACUCAAGCUAUUUUCCCGAGGAUAAAAAGCAACACCAUCUUGCGACUUUAGAGCCAGAGUCCAAUCAGAACGGUCCGAGAGCGGAGCAACAUGGAGCCCCAGUAUAAAUGAACCAACCACAUUUUCAAUUAAUUAAUACUACGUUCUGCUAUCUGUAUAUCUGCUCUCUGUAUAGCGUCAAAAACUAAAAUUUGUCAAACAUUUGACACUUGACCAUGCAUCAGCAUUUUAUUAACUACCUAAAACAACAGAAAGCAUCCAAAUUUGACCUGUAUUUUAGUGUUUUAGUUUGGUUCAAGUCCUACCUGCUAACAUGGAGGGGGUGGAGCUUAUGACCUAUACUGCAGUCAGUCACCAGGGGGAGCUCUACUUGCUUACACUCAGAAUUCUUUGCACAAGGGAAUUCUCCUUUAACCCACACACGGUUUGUUCUCAGUUGGAGAUAACGAAUAAUUAUCUGGCGAAAACACUGGGGCAAACACGAAUAAAUGUGAAAUGUGAAGGUCUUUGUGUUUUCGCUUUUAGCAUAUUUUUCUGUAAAAAUUUAUUUUUGACAUUUGCAGUAGAUAGCUUUGCUCCGUUCACAUUCAGUCCGGUCUAACUGAGAAAGUAACUUGACAUUUUUGGGAUGGUGUUUUCUUGACUCUGCCUACCGUCUAAGAAAAGGUACUGGGAUAGUUCCACAGCAAUAAGGUUAAUCAUUUGUUGGAAAAAAAUAAAAAAAUUCUCAGAGCAUUUUCAAAUUCAGAUUUGUUACGAGCUGUGAUUUAAAAAACAAAAAAAGAUCCAGAGGGAAGUUAAAUACCAAGACACCUGGUGGCCUUCUAGAAUAGAAUACAGCUGUUUUUUGCACAAUGUAUAAAGCUAAGAAACAAGAAAGUAUUUGAAGAAAAAAAAAAGAGAGAUGUCUAUCACCUUAAAUGCACAGCCACAAAUAAGUUAUCACCUUAAAAGCACAUGAGAAGAUUUUCAGUUCCUCGGGGCUAAAACGAACAACAGAGUCUGUAAAUCUUAUCGGUAAAGAUGUGAUGUGUGAAAAGAGUGACUGAACUAUCAUUAAGUAUGUUGAUUUAUGUUAUUGUUGGACAAACCCCGACAACAGUUUGUGAUCUGAAGUCCUGUGUACACAACUGAAGUCCUCAUUAUUUUCCUCCUGCCUUUGAUGAGCCUGCUAACGACAAAGAAAAUCAUAACUCUGACUCCACCACAGCAGACCCGGCACAAAACUGUUUGAAACGAAGGAAGGGGGCGUCUGGUUUUGAUCUAUGUCGUUCUAUCACACACACACACACAGAAAAAAAAAGAAUAAAAAAAUAAAAAAUAAAAAUAGACAAGAGAUAUGGUUCAGAAACAUUGUGAGCAUGUUGGUAUACAAACUAAUAACAGAUCUAUCUUAGUCUGUUCUUGUGAAAAAGAUUAUGUUAAAAACUAGUAUUUGACAGAAAAAAAGCUGAAAAAUGAAAAAAAAAAGAGAGAAGCACAAAUGUGUUGAUAAUGUCUGCUGUUUCUCCACAGGUGUAUAACAUUAUCAAAUCAAAUGUCAACUCUGCAGUAAAACCGAGCUCCUGCAAAACAGAGCAAUUCUCAUCAAGAGAGCGUGCCUCUCGUGGAAUAUGUGUUUCUCCACAAACCAUCCAGGAAAUACUUUACGCUGUUUUGGUAGCUGUGGAAUUAUGAAAGCCUGCCUGCCAUAGUUUUAUUUCCUUUUUUUUUUUCUCUGGUCUUUAAAGUAUACAUAGAUUUACUUGCAGCGCUCAUUGAGUCAAAUGUGGAUUGUCAAACAUCUGUGGUGAGAGUUGCUCUGUAUUCUAGGCGUGAUGUCUUGUUACAGUGUCUGCCUUUAGAGACAGUGCAAUUCAUCUGAGAGUCUUUAGGUACGAAGCAUAUAGUAAUUUUUGAAAAUGUAUGAGUACAACCAAUAAAAAGACAUUCUGUACGGCGA